CAAGUUGGAUAUAUAUAUAAAAUGAAUUUAUUUUACAGCAGGCUUAAAAAUAUAUGUAUAAACGAACAUGGAGUUUAAAAAUUUUAAUUAUUCUCAAGUAUAUUUUUUUUAUAAAUAAUGUUGGCUAAACUGUCCACGUACAAACCAAUGACCAGUUGUAAUCUCGAAGGCGUCCGAUGCUUGUGGCAAGUAGGCUAUUCUAUACAAAGUGUUACCUAGAAGGUUCUCAAUCGAAUUGUUCUGAAUUAUAAAGCAAACACUUCAGGUAUGUUGAAGUUUAUCAGAGGAAAAGGCCAACAGCCUUCAGCAGAAAGAGUGAAAUUACAAAAGGAAUUGUUUGCAUUCAGAAAGACUGUUCAGCAUGGAUUUCCAAAUAAACCCACCUGCCUUGCAUGGGAUCCAGUUCUUAGGCUUAUGGCCAUUGGGACAGCAACAGGAGCUAUUAAAAUUCUUGGACAGCCAGGAGUGGAAUUCUAUGGUCACCAUGCAAGUUCUGAUAUCUCAGUGACCAAACUUAUUUUUAUACCCAAUCAGGGUCGUGUCGUAUCAUUAUGUGAAGACAAUUCUCUUCAUUUAUGGGAGAUUAAUGACAAUGUCUUGGAGAACGUUAAGUCACAUACUGUUGAAGGAAAGUUGAAUAAAGUUUCUGCAUUAUGCUUAGAAGGUUCUGAAGAACAUUUACUGAUUGGAACAGAAGGUGGUAAUGUGUAUCUGCUCAACCUCAGUACUUUUGGAAUGUCAUACAUUGUUAUUUAUCAAGAUGUUGUAAUGCAAAAUGUUCCUGAAGAUUAUAAAAUUAAUCCUGGUGCAGUUGAUGCUAUGGCAAUUCAGCCAGAUAAUCCUGAUAAUUUAUUAAUUGGAUAUGAAAGAGGGUUAAUGGUUCUUUGGAAUAUGAAAAAGCCAGCAGCCGAACAGACUUGUAUCAGUAUGCAAGGUGUUGAAAGUGUGGACUGGAAAGAUAACGAGACAUUUGUUUCAUCUCAUAACGAUGGUAGUUACAUGAUAUGGAGUACGAAGAUGUCUGAACCAAUUAAAGAUUCUACUACAGUUUAUGGACCCUUUCCGUGUAAAAAAAUUUCAAAGCUGAUAGCUCAUGGAGAUAUGAUUAUCUUCUCUGGUGGUAUGCAAAGGGCUUCAUACAGUGACAGAAAUACAAUAUCAGUAUUAGAUGGCGAUAGACACGUAGUUUUUGACUUUACUUCCAAGGUUAUAGACUUCUUUGUCACUACUUCAAAAGAUGAUACUAUACUGAUGGUGCUUGCUGAGGAAGAGCUUUGUGCUAUUCAACUGAACGAUGAUUCUUGGCCAAUGCUUCCGCUUCCCUAUCUUGUAUCAUUGCAUGCAUCGGCUGUCACUUGUUCCACUUAUGUUUCAAACUUACCGCAGGAACUAUGGGAUGAUAUAGUAGAAGUUGGAAAACAACAGAUAGCUGGGCAUUACUCCAAUUCAGAAUGGCCUAUUGAUGGAGGAGAACUGGAAGAAGUAGAUGAACCAAAGAGACGGGAUUUAUUUUUGACGGGCCAUGAGGAUGGUUCAGUUAGGCUUUGGGAUGCAGCUUCCGUGGCAAUGGUACCUCUUCUCAGGUUUUCGUCGACUAAAUGGUUAGUAGCUGGUGAUGAUGAUUUGCCCCAUUCACCUGAAGAAGAGACCUCUGACGAUUGGCCACCUUUUAAGAAGGUUGGCAGCUUUGACCCAUAUUCAGAUGAUCCUCGCCUGGCUGUGAAAAAAGUAGCUCUGUGCCCUGAAACUGGUGUUUUAGCUGUUGCGGGAACUGCUGGACAUGUAAUUCUAGCAAAACUUUCGAAGGAUGGAAACGUUCCUAAGCCCCAGGUAGUUACUAUGAACAUCUUGAGCUCUCGAGAGGGAUUUGUUUGGAAAGGCUAUCAGGCACUGUCCUUCAAUGAUUCUACAACCAGCAGCCCUGGUUUUGCGUGCACUUCGCUGCUCCAGUUGCACCCUCCUGCGGCAGUUACUGCCCUCGCUCUGCACUCUCCGUGGGGUCUUGUUGCUGCUGGGACCGCUCAUGGGGUGGCCCUGUACGACUUUCAGAAGAUGGCACCUGUCACUGUGAAAUCAACACUCAGCCCACUUGAUAUGUCUGGAUCUGGAGAAGGACCAAUAUCUCGACGAAAGUCUUUUAAAAAGUCACUUAGGGAGUCUUUCAGGAGGUUAAGGAAGGGAAGAUCCCAGAGGGGAGACAAGAGAGGGGCGACAACAACCGCAGCCACUGCCUCACCACCGCCUCAAUCUCCAGAAGGAACUGAAGUAAAACCAGUUGAGAGGGCGAUUGAAGCAAGGCCAGCUGAUGAUGGGAUGGGAUCAAUGGUUCGCUGUAUUACUUUUGCCAGGACUUACAUCAUCAGCAUUCAAAAUCUAACUCCAACUCUGUGGGUUGGAACGAACAAUGGCACCGUCUAUGUUUUUACACUGGCCAUUCCUGGAGGAGAGAAGAGGAAAGAAGAAUCUGUUGCCUGCCAAUUAGGUAAGGAAAUACAGCUGAAGCACAGGGCUCCAGUGAUCAACAUUUCCAUUAUGGAUGGUAACUGCAAUAGUGUGGAUACAAAUAGGCAAGAUAACCACCCUGCACCUCACAAAGUACUUAUUUCUAGUGAAGAACAGAUAAAGGUUUUUACGGUUCCACAGUUGAAACCUGUUACAAAAUUGAAACUAACCGCUUGUGAAGGUGCACGAGUGCGAAGAACGAUUUUGGCUUCAUUUUCUGCAGGGUCUCAUGUUGAAACCUGCCUUUUAUGCCUUACCAAUCUGGGAGAUGUUGUGGUCCUUGCUCUUCCUGAUCUUCGCCGCCAAGUUAAUGCAGCUGUUAUACGACGAGAAGAUAUUAAUGGAAUCUCUUCACUCAGCUUUACAGAAAGGGGAGAAGCUUUGUACCUGCACUCGAGUAGCGAGUUGCAAAGGGUGAGUUUAUCAACUAACUGCGUUACUAUCGCUAGGUGUAGAGUGGAGCUACCUCCUGGAGCCAGGCCUCCUCCGCAAAGUGAUAACACCAGCCAGAGUUCCGAGUCCUCACAAGCUAGCAGCUCUUCAUCUUCAUCCUCGUCCUCAGCCAAUAGUCAGCAGCCAGCAGAGAGGAGAGAAGGAAGGCCAGAAGCUGGAGAUGCCGAUAAGGCAGAGAUAAAAGAAAAUGGAGUCUCUGAAGCUUCUACCCACGAUUUAACACUGUCGAGUGUUGAUAUCACAAUUGAUUCAGUUAAAGACCACCUUACAAAUAACGUAAGCAGUACAGAAGAAAGUAGGACAGUGGUUGAGGUUACACGGAAUGAAAGCCAUAAAAUUGAGUCUACUUUGACUAAGACGACGGUGAUUUCAACUAAUGAAUUGCUACAUGUAACGUCUCCACCAACGGAAACUGAUUCUGGAGGGGAGGACAGUCAGCAAUCAGCAGUGUGCCAGGUACGUAAAGCUCCACUUGCAAGGAUGGAAGAUAUGGACACAGAUUCAGUUCCCGCUUGAUGGAGAAUUGUUUUUAAGAACAAAUUUAAAAGAAUUAUUUAUUUUUUUAUAUAUAUAUAUUUGUUGCUAUUUAGAUUUAAAUCGAGAAGGUAAACACUUAUGCACCUUGUACAUAUCCACACUUUUUUUCUUUCAUUAAACACGUGUGAUAAUACGCUCGUUUAAACCUAAUGGCACUAGAAGUGAUUAUGCUUUUGUUUUAUAUUUAAUAUUUCCCUGAGGUCCAAACUUUUUAUAUAAGAUUUCUUUUAUUUAAUAUUGACAAUACUUGCUAACUUUAUGAACAAACUAGCAGGCCAUGAACGUAAGCCUGUUGUCUCACAUUUUUAUAAAAUUAUAUAUAAAAUACGAAUAUUUAUAAAGAGAGAGUAUAAUUAUUAAUGAGAAAAAAAAAUUAAAAAAAGAAAAAGGUGGAGGAUGUUAAACUUUAUUGUUAAGACUAAUUUAGCUAUAUUUAUAAUGAAAAGAGUGCCUGAAUUAAUAUUAUGUAAAAGAGAGUUAUUGUUAUUUUCUUUUAUUCACAUAUCUAUAUAAAUCAUAAUUGUAUCUAUGUAUGUAUAUAAGUAUAUGUAUAUAUGAUCUCUAUACAUGUACUUAUUUACUUACCUAAAUUUGAAGCUGCUCUAUUAUAUCUGCUUAAUUUUAUAUUAUAUUUAAAAAAAAAAAAGAAAAAAAAUCCUUUCUAAGCGUACAUCACCCUUAAGCAUUUGUAUUUAUUAAUGUAAAACAGAGAAAUCGCUUUUAACCGGCAAAAUAAAUAUUUUUAUUUAAAGUUA